AUUGUUUUGGGGACACCCCUCAGAGUGUUUGGUAUGGGAUACACGACAACAACAACAACAACAACAACAACAACAACAACAACAACAACAACAACAACAACAACAACAACAACAACAACAACAACAACAACAACAACAACAACAACAACAACAACAACAACAACAACAACAACAACAACAACAACAACAACAACAACAACAGCAGCAGCAGUAGUAGUACGCCGCGCAGGGGGGAGUCUAGGCGGCAACUCCAAUACCUUGUCGCAGUUAAAAGCCACGCAGCAUAUGGAGACACUCGCCCGAUUCGAGAAGGACGUCAAGCGAACCAACACCGGAUUCCUGGCGAUAGCAAAAGAGGUGGAGAAUGACGGAGAGAAAGCCUCGAAACCUCCAGAAAAAAUCAAGGACUUCCUGAAGGAGUUCCAAGACAUUCUUCCCGACGACCUCCCGGACGAACUACCGCCAUACCGAACGCACCAACACGAGAUCGUGGAGGAACCAGGUUCGAAGCCGACAUUCCGAGCACCAUAUCGGCUAAGCCCCACAAAACUAGCCGACAUGAAGAAGCAGAUCGAGUAUCUCCUCACCAAAGGACUCAACCGACCUUCCACUUUGCCAUACGGUGCCCCAGUACUCUUCACACCGAAACCGGACGGAAGCUUGCGCAUGUGCAUCGACUACCGAGCUCUCAACAAGCAGACCAUCAAGAACAAAUACCCGAUUCCACGAAUCGAUGACCUGCUUGACCAGCUUCGGGGAGCCACGGUAUUUUCAAAACAAGAUCUGCGGUCCCGAUACUGGCAGAUAAGAAUGGCGGACGAUUCCGUUCACAAAACUGCUUUCCGAACUAAGUACGGAUCGCGGCAGCAACAAGAUGCUCACCGGUAUCGCCAAACACUCUACUGGCCCCACAUGGCAGAUGCCGUACAGAAAUUUGUCACCUCGUGCACUACAUGUCAGUGGAUGAAGAGCAGCAAGCAGAAAAAGGCGGGUCUGCUACAGCCUCUUCCUGUCCCAGAACAGCCAUGGCUAGUGGUAAGCCUAGACUUCAUCACCGGGCUACCAACUACCAUGAGCGGUCAUGACGCAAUCCUCGUCGUCAUUGACAAGUUCUCCAAAAUGGGACACUUCAUCCCGACACACACCACAGUACGCAUCGAGGAGACAACACAACUCUUUGUUCGCUACAUCAUCUCACAACAUGGCAUUCCGACCACACUCAUCUCCGACCGAGACCCUAAGUUCACAAGAAAAUUCUGGAAAGAACUGAUGUCUCUACUCGGGACCAAACUCGCCAUGUCAUGCGCCUACCAUCCGCAGACAGAUGGACAGACCGAGCGCCUCAACCAAAUUGUGGAGCAACUCCUCCGUGCAGCCUGCAAGGACGACAUCUCUGAAUGGUACUUGCAUCUGCCCGUCCUGGAGUUUGCCUACAACAAUGCUACUCACGCCGCUACUGGACAAACGCUGUUCUUCCUCUGUUACAGACGCCACCCACUCACACCUCAACAGCCACACAUACCAGCCACAAUUCAACCCGCUCAUGAUUUCAUCACGACCAUGCACAAACUUUGGGAUCGGACCCACAAGCGCCUUCUCGACAUUUAGCAACAACAGAAGCGCCAAGCCGAUCGC